CUUGGAACGUUGUUAUAUGUUUAUGACUCCAGUUACUUCACAUGCUUAAUCUCAUGGUGGCUGUACUAUAUAUCAGUGAUCAGAACAUGAAGGUUAUGCAGGAGUCAGCCUUGCUUCAUUAUGCUAAAGUGUUCCUGGUCACCAAGAACCAGCCCACGCUCAGUCAAGAUGAAGUUUCACUGGUGUUUCAAGAGCCGGGGAUCAAAUCGGGAUAUCGAGUACCCAAUAGGAGCUGGUGCUACUAUCUUACAAGCAUGUUUCAUGUGAACAACGAAACCGUCAAUAUAUGGUCUCACCUGAUAGGUUGCAUAAUAAUGGCGUAUCAGCUUUACUCUUACGCCUGUGAGCAUGAUUUUUGGACCGAUGAUCGCCGGCGGGUCGUCAAUAUCUUCAAUAUGUGCUGUGUUGUUUACACGCUCCUUAGCGCUUUCGCCCACACCAUUCACAGCAAAUCAGACCACAUCCAUUACACCAGUUUUCAGAUGGAUUACGGAGGAGUUGGGUUGUACACAUACGCCACGGCGCUGGUUGGCUUUUAUGUUUCAUGCUCCGACGAAGUCUUUUAUAGCAGUGUGGAGCCAUUUUUUUUGCCCCUAAAUACAUUGUUGGCUUGGUUCUCUUGUUUUAGCUGCAGUCUUGGGAAAUUAUUCUAUUCUCGCCCUUAUCCUUUUAAGAGAAAAUUGUGGAAUCUCUUUUCCGUUGGAGGCCAUGCGGUUCUGUGCUGUUUUGGAUCUCUAAAGAGGUAUUAUAACUGUUUUCUAGACGAUGAAUGCAGCAUGAGUUCCUUGCAGCACCAUUCGGUUUAUCCCAUGUUCUUUUUUGCAUCUAUAUUUUUCUUUUCCAGCCAUCUACCCGAGAGAUUGUUUCCUGGGAGAUUUGAUUUUGUGGGUCAUGGGCAUCAGCUUUUCCACGUCUUUAUCGUAAUAACGUCUUGUCUUCAGCUUUAUGCUGCGGAAUCAGACCUUAACCAUCUCAACGUUAACUUUGUGCGUACCUGGCCCACAUGGUUACACCUGAUAAUGUCGUUGGCUGCUCUUCUUAUUCUAGACUUUUUAACCAUAUUGUUUUUAACCCCUUUUGUCAGACAAAGAAUAGAAAAGGAUAAGCAACAUUAAAGUCAUCAUGAGAAACCCAAUUACAAGUAUAUCAUAAGGCCUGACAGUAAUAUAUUUUUGAUUUAUAGACAUUUUAGUCCCGACACAAUUAUUUAUUUUAUUUUUAUAUAAGAAGCCCAUACAUUCUUGGCAUGCCUGUCCAUAUCUCGCACAUUCACACGCAGGAAAUAGAGACCACCGAGCUCUGCUGCUCGUUGCUGAUCAUGUGCUUCAAACAUCAUAUAUCUGUAGACAUUUUUCUCACUAAUCUAGUACAACGGUCGCUUAUCGAACAUCCAACCCGAAUUCAUUUUAUGGGCUACUUUUUAUAUUCUAUUAUUUUGUGGACAACUUGUGUGAGUGUUUUCUACCUCAUCCGAAUUGCUUUGAAAAACUUGUAUAGUUAGCACGGUAUAAGACGAAUAAAUGUUUGCGUGAUAUUUUUUUAAAAUAUGAAAACUUGUUACGGUAUGUGGAAGAAUGUGUUUUCAUCGCUCUUUCAUCUGCCGGCAUUUCACCUGUGUAUACUAAAGCUGGAAAAGAAACACGUGGCAAAGAAAUUAAGUUCACACUUUUGCAAAAUAUUUCUGAAAUUCAAACAGGAGAUUGACAAAGUUACCAGUUGGUUUAUUAAAAAAUUUACUGCCAACAGCGUAAGAGUUAAUAUAUUCGUUCGUAAACAUAUUUUGUAUGCAUUUUUGUAUGAAGCAAAAGAUGAAUCGGUUGACGGUUGGACAAACGUAUAAUUUCACCAAGCUGUUUGU